AUGGUGCUGCUGGGCCCGACCGCAAGGUCUAUUGGGGAGAUGUUGAUAGUCUGUGAGGCCUUCGCCGCGUCACACGGAUUGACAUACAACGUUAAAAAAUGUGAGUUCGUGGUCUUCAAGGCCGCCGGUAAGUGUACAGACACCUUUCCAUCGAUUACACUAAAUGGCAUGAGUGUAAAACAGGUGUCUCGGUUUAAAUACCUCGGACAUAUUCUUACCAACGACCCUAAAGGUGAUGACGAAGUCGAGAGGGAGCGCAGGGCGUUGGCGAUACGCGGGAAUAUGCUGGCCCGCAGGUUUGCCCGCUGUGCGGAUCAAGUCAAAAUAUCCCUCUUCAAAGCGUAUUGUCAGGGUCUGUACACGAGCCGGGCGGCGUCGUGGUGA